AUGUAUAAUAAUAAAGAGCACAAACCGACCAAACAAAAUCAAUUGUCAAUAAGCAGCAAGAAGAAGAAACAAGAUCAAAUAUUAUUGGAUAGUGGUGAGAAAGUGAAACAAGAUCAAAUAUUGUUAGUUAAUAAUAAUGGUGAGAAGAAAAAGCAAGAUCAAAUAUUGUUAGUUAAUAAUAAUGGUGAGAAGAAAAAGCAAGAUCAAAUAUUAUUGUCAAACAGCGAGAAUAAGCAACAACAACAAAAAAAAAAGGAAGUGAUAGUAGAAGAAAAAAAGAUUGAUCCAAUAGUGACAAAAAUAAUUGAAAAUUUAAGAGCAAAAAAUCUAAAAGAAAUCAAAAGCACAUUAUUGAAUGAUGAAAACAAACCAGUAGUUGGGAGUGUUGAAGAUGCAUUGAAAUUUAAAAUGGAAUUUUAUAAUCAUCUAAAUUCAUUUGAAUUGGAAACACUUGACAAAUUAUUAAGAAAUCAUUUGGUGGAAACAUUAGAACCAGAUGGUCAAUUAAACAAUGUAUUAAGUAUCAUUGAAACUUAUGAUAUUGAAUCACAAAAAUCACAAAAAGAGUUUGAGAAAUUAAAAUAUUUUGAAUUGUUAAAAUCAAAAAAUUAUGAUGAAGCUUAUAAUUAUUUAUAUGAGAAAAUUAGUGAUGUUGAUAUUGAGCUGAUUAAUAAGAUGAAUGAAUUAAUUAUCAGUAAAGAUAUUGCGACUAACGAGGAAAUAAUCAGAUACAUAUUAAUGGGAUAUUUUGAAUCGCACAAGUUUGAUGAACCUUUGAAUUUAUGGAAUAAAUUAAGAGAAAUGAAGGUUAUCAAAUUAAAUAGUUUGUUGUACAGUGAAAUGAUUCGAGGAUUUUCAAUGAAGAAUCAUUUGCAACCAGUUGAAAAACUUAAUCAGAUCUUAAAUACAUCAAUAUAUAAUAUAUUAUUUGAUCAUAUUGAUACUAGAGCUAUAAUAAUAGAAUUAUUUAAUGAUAUGAAAGCAUUGAAUGUUCAAAUGAACCAAGUAACUUAUACUACAUUAAUGAAUUAUUUAAUUAGAAUCAAUGAUAAAGAAUCUUUAAAUAAUUUAAUGAAGUUCGAUAAUAGUAAUCGUAGUGGUGGUAGGAGUAACUAUAACAAUCUUCGUAACAAGAAUAGAAAUAUUAUUAAUUAUAGUUUAAUGAUUAAACGUGACAUUAAAAAUAAUGAUCUUGAGAAAUUAAAUCUCACAUUGAAUGGUUACCUAUCAAAUGACAGAUUAGAUGAUGCAUUGAAAAUUUAUUCUGAUUACAAGAAAUCUGGUUUAAAGAACUUUGAUAAUUUAGAAUUUGAAAAAACAGUUAAAAAACUAGAGUUGAAAAAUCUAUAG